AUGGAUCGUGGUACUAUUCUCCUUCUCCUCUAUGUGGAUGAUAUGAUUAUCACUGGGGAUGACACAGUCGGUAUUUAUAGUCUUAAACAGUUUCUCAAUCGCCAGUUUGAGAUGAAAGAUUUGGGUUUGCUUAGCUAUUUUCUUGGCUUGGAAAUUUCUCAAGAUUCAUCUGGUUACUUUCUUACCCAAGCCAAGUAUACUUCUAAUCUCUUGGUUUGUGCAGGCCUUACCGAUUGCAAGACCACCACCACUCCAAUUGAUCCUCAGACUCAUCUUACACCCCUUGAUGGUUCCCUAUUGUCUGAUGCCACUUUAUAUCAUCUGCUAGUUGGCAGUCUUGUCUAUCUCAUAUCAAUUCAUGGUUGCUCCCCACUCUUCACACUAUGUGAUGCUUUGGCUCGCAUUUUGUGCUAUCUCAAAAGCACAUUGUUUCAUGGUCUUCAUUACUCCGCUCAGUCUUCUCUACAGCUACAUGCAUUUUUUGAUGCAAAUUGGGCAGGGGAUCCUACUGACCGCUUUUCCACUAUUGGGUUCUAUUUCUUCUUGGGCAACUCUCUCAUUGCUUGGCGUAGCAAAAAGCAAACUCUUGUUACUCGUUCUAGUAUCGAGGCUGAGUAUUGUGCUCUUGUUGACACUACUCAAGAGCUUGUGUGUCUUCGUUGGCUUCUUUCCAAUAUGGGAGUUUCUCAUUCUGAUGUCACCAAUCUUUAUUGUGACAACUAG